CAUCCGGAUUUUCACCCACAUUUUCGAAAUCGAGAAAAUAGAAAAUGGCUAUCUUCGAAUAAGUUUCAGAACCGAAGCCAACUUCAGUGCGUGGUGGCUGCUCUUUGCGUAUGUGAAUGUAUUUGUGUCUGUGUAGCCCGAAAGAAGUUAAAAGGAAAAUUGCAAUUCCGCAUCAAUCGUGUGAAAAUUGAAAAAAAAUCUCUUGAAAUUAAUUUAUAAUUUUCUUCUUAACAAAUAAAUUUUAAUUUUUAUAUUGAUAACAAACCAAAACAGAUAAUUUCUCAUCAAUCAAAAAAUUCUACAAAUCAAAAUGACGUCCCUCGAGCCACAUGUAAAUCGUCUUCAGAACUUCAAAAACAAAGGAAAAGACCAAGAUGAGAUGCGAAGACGGCGCAACGAAGUUACCGUCGAACUGAGAAAAAACAAGAGAGAAGAGACAAUUUUCAAACGACGUAACGUGCCCACUGGAGAUUCGGUUACAGAUGAGGAUGACCCACUGUCAACAUCGGUAAAUUUGAAGAAGUUAGCCGAGGCUGCCGCCGAUUCAUCGAAUCCCGAUAAGCAAUUGUCUGCCGUUCAGGCUGCUCGCAAGCUUCUGUCAUCCGAUAAGAAUCCGCCAAUUAAUGACUUGAUUAACAGUGAUAUUCUUCCAAUUUUGGUUGAUUGUUUGAAACGAAAUGACCACACAAUGCUACAGUUUGAGGCUGCUUGGGCAUUGACUAACAUCGCUUCGGGUACUUCUGAACAGACAAAUCAGGUCGUACGUGCAGGUGCAGUGCCCUUGUUUUUGCAAUUACUUUCAUCGCCAGCAACAACUGUAUGCGAACAAGCUGUGUGGGCUCUCGGUAACAUUAUCGGUGAUGGGCCAACAUUGCGAGAUCUAGUGAUCGACCAUGGCGUAGUUCAGCCUUUGCUGUCAUUCAUUAAUCCAGACAUCCCAAUUUCCUUUCUGCGCAACGUUACAUGGGUAAUUGUGAAUUUGUGCCGCAACAAAGAUCCACCACCACCACCAGCAACAAUUCAAGAGAUUUUGCCCGCACUUAAUAUGCUUAUACAUCACACAGACACAAACAUUCUCGUUGACACAGUGUGGGCCAUAAGUUAUCUGACUGAUGGAGGUAAUGAUCAAAUUCAAAUGGUUAUCGAUAGCGGUGUGGUGCCCAAAUUGAUUCCACUUCUCGGUCAUGCUGAAGUCAAAGUCCAAACAGCAGCCUUACGUGCGGUCGGAAAUAUUGUGACUGGCUCUGACGAACAAACCCAAGUUGUCCUCAAUUACGAUGCCUUGUCCUAUUUCCCAGCGCUCUUGUCGCACCUCAAAGAAAAAAUUCGCAAAGAGGCUGUGUGGUUCCUGUCCAAUAUAACGGCCGGAAAUCAAAAACAAGUACAGGCUGUCAUCAAUGUUGGUCUGCUGCCCAAAAUAAUUGAAAAUCUAAGCAAAGGUGAAUUCCAAACGCAAAAAGAAGCCGCCUGGGCCAUUAGCAAUUUAACCAUCAGUGGCAACCGAGAACAAGUUUUCGAAUUGAUUCGUGAGGGUGUUAUUCCGCCGUUCUGUGACUUGCUUUCAUGCAAGGAUGCUCAAGUUAUUAAUGUUGUUCUUGAUGGACUUAACAAUAUGCUCAAAAUGGCCGAAGACCAUGUACCCCAAAUCGCCAAUAUCAUUGAAGAAUGUGAUGGUCUAGAGAAAAUCGAGAAACUGCAAAAUCAUGAAAAUGUUGAAAUUUACAAACUUGCAUAUGAGAUUAUUGAGCAAUACUUUUCCGAAGAGCAAGAGCAAAGUAAUUUGGCUCCAACAGCUGAUGAUGGUUCAUUUCAAUUUAAUCCAAACGCAGCACAGAUUCCCGACGCAUCAUACAAUUUUUAACCUUUUAAAAAAACUCAAUCAAAAUUCUCUCCAUCAAAAUUGCGAGGAAAUUCUGAAAAAGAAUAAAAACAAAACACACAACAACAAGAACAACAAGAAAAAACAGAGUCCAUAUAUGUUAUAUAUAUAUAUUUAAAAUAUUGAAUUUUAAAAUCAGAAACAGAACCGUGAAACAAAAUUAUAAUAAUUAUAACUGAAAAAAUUCUUAUUUAGAUAAACAAACAAAAAUUUAUUUUUUCCAUUGGAUUAAUACCUAUUUAUAAAAUUAGGUAUAUAUAAUUUACUAACAAGAAAAUUACAAACAAAUAAAGGAUUACUACGAAUUAAGCCUCUCUAUCUCUCACUCUUAUUAGUCUUACUCAAGUCUCAUCAGCAUCGACUCUCUUUUUGAUUGUUUUAUUUUUGUUUAAGAUCAGCAGGAUAACGCCUGAGCUGCUGAGGAGAAAAUAUUGGAUGUUUUUAGUUGUUUAAAUUUCUACCAAAAUAUUAUACGAUCGAAUGUUAAUUUUUUUGCUUAAUUGGAUUAAAAUGUAAAUAUAAGAACAAUGAUAACAAGCAAUACAAAUAUUGCUUCCAAAGAAAAUUAAUACAUAUUUUCCGUUUUGUAAACGAUGUUACACCAAGUCUGUUUGCGCAUUUGUUUAAUCCUUUUUUUUGAAUCAGAAAUAACAUUAUUAUGUUAAAACUGAAAAUUUAAUUUUUUUUAACGUCUUCAUAUAUACAUAUUUAUUUACAAAUAUAUAAACACUUUCACAGACA